GCGAUUAACGCUCUCUAAUCAUUUUUCAUGCUGGCGGCUGAGAAUGAAGUGACCAGAACAGAUGUGCAAGGAGAGUCACUGACAAUGACCCAAUGCCGGACUCUGCGGCGAUACCACGCAGCCAAGAUGAUAAAGGAUAUCCCAGAGACCGCCUUUCCUCUCACAAAGAGUCAGUCAGAGGAGAUGGAAAAACAAGAGGCCGGGCUCACAAGAGCAGACGAAAAUCACCCGGAAUCCAACUGCCUUUGCGUCGCAUGGUGCAUAAGUGCCUGCGUUGUUCAGGGCGUCCCGGGGACGAGCGUGUGUCUCCACCCAAACCUAAGCGAGUACAAAUGGCUCGAGUGCAAACAAUGCAGGAAAUGGAUUCACCUCCAUUGCGCUGGGAUUGUUGGAGAGUGGACGGACAAACUCUUUGAUUGUGGCUGCAAUAAAGUUGUCCAACCGAAUGUUGAGAAAAGCUUGGAAUCAAUAGAAGUGGACAACAUGUUGACUGACCAAGAAAUAAAGGAUAUGGAGCAAAAUCUAAGAGAUGGCAAGCUUCUGUCCAACAGAGUCUAUCUGCACCACAAUAAGGCUGUUUGUCCAGGGCUCAAGAUGAUGUACGCCACCCACAACACAUUGUUGGAUGAAAUUAAGGUAAAUAAGACUGCAGAGAUGAUGAGCAGGCUGAAGAACAUCCUGCCCGCACCAGGAACACGAGGAGAGCAGAAGAUGUACCUGGAAGAAGUCAUUCUGCCAGAGGUAACAAUUCUGUGGCUGAGGAAAACUUUUGGUCUUUGGCGACACGAGGCAGAACGUAUCCUUUUGAAACAGGAAGAUGCACGAGAUGGAGCAGAAAACCCCACCAGCAGCACUGCAGGCCAAGAUCCCACAGACCAACAGAAUAUUGGCAAAAUCCAAAAGCUGGAACACAAGUUGUUGGCAGCCAAGUGCCAUAAACUCAGGGAAAAGUCACGUUGCCAUAAAUAAAGACCUUGAAAAAUCCAGUCUGGAUGAAGAAGAAGACAAAGACUCACCAAGAAGUGUCUUUGUCCUUGAAUUCCAAGUUCAUAGAUGAGGGCUACGUGGUCAAUGGUUCAUUUAAAGAGUGUGAUUACUUCAUUUAAUUAUUAUAAUUAAAUAAUAAUUCAUUUUCAUGUUACGUUUAUAUGAUUAAUUAGUUUAUAUUAUUUAUUGUUAUUACGUUUUCUUUUGGUUAGAAUUGUUAACAUAUAUAAAAAUACCCUGUUUCCUGACAA